UUCCGUUAAUUGGCGCUAAAAUGUUAUUGAAUAAUUCCGAAGCCCAUUAUCCAGUUCAUCAAUGGCUGAAAACCUUUCAAACUUUUCUUCUCCGCAAGUUUCCAUCUACUCCAUGAUCGAUUUCCAGACUUACACGCCUUGAUUUCAAAUUUUCCGCUUCAAGAGGCGUCAGAUUGUUCCAUUUCCCCACUCUAGGAACCAGAAUUAGAAUCAGAACCAGAAUCAGAAUUAACCAUGGAGGUUGCGAGAAUUUCUUCUCCUCGUCUAAUUCACAUCUCAACCACACUCAACAAAUCCCUAACCCGCAAUCCCUACUACGUCGCCUCGAAUCGGAAUCCGCUGCCGAGAUUGAGAUCAUCUUUCAAUUUCAAGACGACGACCCAUCGAAAUGUGUUGAGGAAGUGCGAAUUACUUCGCACGGCCAUGGCGUCCGAUGUGGUAACUACAGAACAACCGGAGAUGGAGGAGGAGAAGUUCGAUUGGUUUGCGGAGUGGUAUCCGGUGAUGCCGUUGUGCGAUUUGGACAAGAGAGUGCCGAUUGCGAAGAAGGUUUUAGGAUUGGAUUUGGUGGUGUGGUGGGAUCGGAAUGAGAAUGCGUGGAAGGUGUUUGAUGAUAGUUGUCCUCAUAGAUUGGCGCCGUUGUCGGAAGGGAGGAUCGAUCAGUGGGGGAGACUGCAGUGUGUGUACCAUGGAUGGUGCUUUAAUGGCUCCGGUGACUGUAAAUUCAUCCCUCAGGCGCCCCCUGAUGGUCCUCCGGUUCACUCAUCCAAGAAGGCAUGCGUAGCUGUAUACCCAAGCACAGUGCAGAAUGGCAUAGUAUGGUUCUGGCCAAACUCGGACCCCAAAUUCAAAGAUAUCAUUAUGGAGAAGAAACCUCCCUUUAUUCCGGAGCUGGACGACCCAUCUUAUGUUAAGUUAGAGGGCAACAGGGAUAUGGCCUACGGGUAUGAGAUACUGAUUGAAAAUCUGAUGGACCCUGCCCAUGUUCCAUACGCUCACUACAGGAUAAUUCCAGCCCCUCCAUCAAUAACAAACAGAGUGAAAGCUGACAGGGAAGGUGGCAGACCACUCGAAUUGAUUGUUGAAAAGUUAAAAGCAGAUGGUUUUGUUGGCAAACAAGAAAGGCUCCGUCACAAGUUUUUUGCACCUUGUGUCUAUUAUUUCUUCCUUGACCCAGAGUUGGUUCAAGAAAAUGUAGAGAGCUCCAGCAAGAACGAUGAAUCUGUAUCAUCAACUGCAAAUGUAAAGAAACCGCCAACUGAAAUCUCGCAGCGAAGAUCAUUUCUGGUUUUCUUCUGCAUCCCGGUUAGUCCAGGUAAAAGCAGAAUCAUAUGGGCCUUCCCUAGGAACUUUGGGAAAUGGGUAAACUAUAUUGUCCCACGAUGGAUAUUUCAUAUAGGGCAGAACUUGAUUCUAGAUUCAGACAUGUAUUUUCUCCGUGUUGAGGAGCAUAAAUUGGAGGAAAUAGGGACUUCCAAUUGGCAUAAAGCUUGUUAUGUGCCAGUAAAAUCAGAUGCUUUGGUUGUUGGAUUUAGAAGAUGGUUGAACAAGUAUGCAGGUGGUCGAGUUGAUUGGGGAGGCAAAUAUUCUGGCUCCCUUCCUCCGCUGCCUCCUAGAGAACAGGUGUUUGAAAGAUAUUGGAGCCAUGUGGUGAACUGCAAGAGCUGCAAUGGUGCAUAUAAAGCUCUAAACAUAGUUGAGGUGAGUCUUCAGGUCAUCUCCAUUGCUGCAAUUGGAGCUUUGGCAUUGACAAAGCAGAAUGUAAUUUCAGCAGCAGUCAGGGCCACCAUUGUCACCAUUGCAAUGCUCUGUUUUGCUGCUUCAAAGUGGUUGUCCCAUUUCAUUCACAAAACUUUCCACUUCCAAGACUACAAUCAUGCCCUGGUUUGACCCUUUUCUUCCUAUUUUUCUUCAUUCUAGAACUCGUGUAAUUUAUCUUGUACAUAUCAAAUGGAUCAAAUUUGAAUUUGAGAAAGCUAGAUAGUUUGGGGAUUUUUUCCAAUGAAAAUAUAUGUUAUAUUUCUAGA